CUUCAUCAUUCUCUAGCAAAUGUUGCAUUAAUUCUCUCUAUCUCUCUAUCUCUUUCUCUCUAAACCCAUUUUCAAUCCCUUUCUCAAAAUGGCUUCUUACUCAUCCGAACAUAUGAUUUACCACCCUGAAAAAUUAAGACUAAUUGAUAUCAUCAGUGUCUUAAUCUUUAGAAGAGUAUUAUCAAGUUCUAAGUUUAUUGAAUCUCAUAAUUUCACUGAAGAUAAGCUUGGAAAUAAUGUUGCUUUGCCUAACUUGAUAACAAUUCUGACUCUGAUUAUUCAAAAGAUCUUGGGUUUACUUUACUUUCCAGUCAAGUUACUUGGACAUGUUGUUGAGUUCAUACUGAACUUCCUUUCACUUAAUGGUGGCAUCUUUGGAAUCAUUUUUAACAUUAUAACAGGGAAAUUGGUAAUACCCGACAAGAAAUCAGCUGAGUACAGAUCAAUCUUGGGACACAUAGAUGGAAGGGUAGAUCUCUACAAUAAGGCAUCCUUUUCAUCUCAUGUUAGGUGCAUACUUCCCAAGCAAGUGGGUUCAGCGGACAACACCACCAACGAGAUCGAUCCUUUAGAUCUUUCCAUUAUGUCUGCAAAAGUCUCCUACGAGAAUGCAGCUUAUGUGAAAAAUGCAGUCACUAAUAACUGGAAGAUGCACUUUGUGGGGUUCUAUGACUUUUGGAAUGAGUAUCAGAAAACAAGCUCAACACAAGCUUUUAUUUACUGUGAUGCACCAACAAAUGCAAACAUGAUCGUCGUGGCUUUUCGUGGUACCGAGCCAUUUAACAUGAAAGAUUGGUCAACAGAUGUGGAUCUAUCAUGGUUUUCCAUGGGAAAAAUGGGAAGAGUUCAUCUAGGUUUCAUGAAAGCUUUAGGUCUUCAAAAUGACAAAGACUAUAUCAAGGGUUGGCCCAAAACUUACACUGGUGAUAAGGUGUUGGCAUACUACACCAUUAGAGACCAGCUCAAUAAAUUGCUUGAGCAAAGCAAGGGUGCAAGAAUAAUAAUAACUGGCCAUAGUUUAGGUGCAGCCCUUGCAACACUAUUCCCUUCCGUCUUAGUUUUGCACCAAGAAGAUGCAAUCUUGAAGAGCAUCUAUGGUGUUUACACAUUUGGCCAACCUAGGGUUGGUGAUAAGGAUUUUGGAGUUAUAAUGAAAGAGAAUCUGAAUGAGCCUUUUAAGAGGUACCAUAGGGUUGUUUAUAGAUUUGAUGUUGUCCCUCGGAUUCCAUUUGACGACCGCAUCUCUCAGUUUGCUCACUUUGGUGGUUGCCUUUACUUCAGUAGCUGGUACAAAGGAGAGGUAAUGGAGAAAGAACCAAACCAGAACUACUUCAAUCCGUUGUACAUCAUACCGAAAUAUUUCAAUGCAUGGUUGGAUCUAUUCAGAGGUAUCUUUGCAGGAAUAAAACCAGGGAAAGAUUUCAAAGAGAGUUUAAUGUCAAUUCUUUUCAGAAUGGUUGGACUUCUUAUUCCAGGACUUGCUUCUCACAGCCCUAGAGAUACUGUUAACAGUGUAAGGCUUGCAAAAAUUACCACCACGACCUUAAAUGAAGAUGAGGAAGAAUUGGUGUUUGUUUGAUUAUGGAUAAGCUGUUCCAAGUCUCAUUUCUUAGGACCAAAUAAGUGUUAAUAGGUACUCUAGUUGCUUCCUUUAUCUUAUAUGACUAUAUCCUAUAUGUAAUGUUUCUUAAUUAAUGUCAAGCAAAUAAUGCAUCUAAGUUUGCAAUCGU